CGAGACUUCAUAAAGACGCCAGAAUGAAGGCCGCCAUCUUGCUGUGUUUUGCGGCCGCUGUGGCUGUCGCUGCCGGCAAGCCAAAAGUGAGGGGGACAGCGCCGCCCACGUCCCAGAACCCAGAAAUGAUCCCCGCCUUCAUCAACGCAUCCGAGGAGGGCCAAGACGCCCACCGCAAAACGCCCGCCCAGGGUUUCGCUCCUAGCUCCCGUGCAGGACCUCCCGCCAUUUCCUUCAACUCGCCGCCUUCGCCCUCAAACCAGGAUAUGUACGCGUCCUACCUCCCGGCGCCCCAGGAGGUCCAGGCUCUGAGCGCCUUUCACACCAUGCACGCCUCCAGUGCCCGUGCAGGGCCUCCUACUACUUCUUUCGGCUCGCCGCCCUCGCCUCAUAACCCUGGAAUGAUGUCAGCCUUCAUCCCGACGCCCGAGGAUAUCCAGGCCCUGCACGCCCUCCACACCAUGCACGCCCCUGCAGUCGUUCCCAACGCCCGUGCUGGACCUCCCUCCAUGCCUCCUGCAGUUGCACAGCUCAUCGCCACUUACAGAGGUGCCGGCGGUGUCUUUGCUCCUCAAAACCGAUUUGCCUAAGAUGUCCAGUCCGUGGUCUGUCUCGCAAA